AUGAGCUCUUAUAUACAAUCUCAAUUUGCUGUUUCUGACAAACAAAUCUUUGACUUUCAAAAACCCUAAGAGUGUUCUGAUUCAGAAGAAGAAGAAAUACGCUUAUAACUAUUAUUUAUGAAUAAUAAGGAUUCGAAAAAAUAAAAGAAACUAUUUGAUAUUGAAAGCAUCAAAGCUGAACUUAAUAGUAGACCAGCACUUGAAAUAGAAUAAUAAACUUAGAAAUUUGGUAAAAAAAUACAAAAAGCGAGUAUGAGAUAAUUACCAAAUUUGUUUAUUCCAACUUCUUCAUUGUUGAUUGAGUAAUUGGGAAAUAUUCGAGCAAUUAAAAUGAUGAAAGAGUAAGUUCCUCCAGAGGUAAUGCAUAAAGUAUACACAUAAUUAAGGUAUAUAAUGAAUUCCAUAUAGAUAUUAGUAUGUUUCAGCAUUCAAUGUAAUUUAUAGAUAAGGAGAUCAAAACAAACGUUAUUAUAUUAUGUUGGAUGGUAGAUGUGUAGUCAUGAAACCCAAAGAAAAAAUGGUAGGAAUCCAAAAAGUAGAAUUAGAUAUAGAAAAUUAAACGACUGAUAAUAAAGUACCUCAAGAUCCAUAUGGUUUAAAAAAUCUAUUUCCUGAUUACCUAGUUGUGAAGGUAAUGUUUUAAGGAGAGUAAUUUAUAUAUAUAUAUAUAUCAUUAGUUCAUUUGGAGAAGUAGCAAUUAAAUUAGAGAGUUCACGUGCAUCCACAGUCUUUGCAGUUGAAAAUACUCAUUUAUUAUAUAUGAGUGAGGCAGCUUAUAUUUAGUUACUUGAUCCUUAUUUAAGUUAAGUACUUGAAGAGAAGAUCUAAUACUUUAAAAAGAAUGUUAUCUUUACAUCUGUUGAAACUGAUAUUAAUGAAAUCAUGGGUAUUUUACUUGAAUGUCAUAAAAUCACCUAUAAAGCAGGAGAAACUAUUUAUGAUGAAGGUAAUAGAUCUAGUUACAUUUAUUUUAUUAUAAGUGGAGAAGUUGAAUUAUCUAAAAAGGUUGCUGAUACUAAUUUAGUAUUAUCAUCUUAUGGAGAAUACUAAUAAUUUGGGGAAGUUGAAAUACUAAAUAAAGUUGAAAGAUUUACUAAAGCUAGAGUAAUUACUCCUAGAUUGAUUGUCUAUAAAAUAAGGAAGACAAAAUUCUUUAAUAAUUUGGGUAAUUUUCUUGUCUAUGAAAAUAUGAAAAGGAAAUCUAUUCUCAUCUAUAAGCAUUGGAAACUAAUAUUCAGUUCUGCUUAAUUUUAAAUUAAUAAAGAUUCUGAUGUAAUCAAUUACAUAUAUUAUUAAGCCUUAUCUAAGUUCACAUCGUAAAAAAUUAUAAUCAAAAAUAUCUAAACAUGAAAGUUCAAAUUAAAGUUUAAGUCAAGUAUAAGUCUUUUAGCAUAUGACUGAUGCAGGUAUUAUUCCAGAUGAUUAACAUUGUUUUGCAUCUGAUGAUCAAGGUUCCAAACGAUGUUAUAGCAAUGCCUUGUAAUAAUAUUAGGCAAAAUUAAAAAAAUAAGGAAAUCGUGCUUCCUAAUAAGAAUCAGCUGCAAAAUAAAUUAGAGAUAAGUAAUUAUAUUUCUAAUAUUAUAGAACUUUUACAACAGAAGAUUAUUAAUCUCCAAAGAAUGUAGUACAUGGGAAAUUUUCAUUUCAUGUUAAAUUGCCUAAUAUUAGUCCAAAUAAAGUGUUACCUUAAAUGAAUUUAGAUUAAAUACUUGAUUCAAUUACUAAACUUCCUAAGGUUCCACCUGAUAAUCUUGUUAUAUCUUUAAUGUAUUAAUAAGCUUAUAAAUCUAAUAAUCCUGAUAAAAGAGCAAGAUAAAUAUAAUAAGUUAUACAAGCCUCUUUCAGGAAUGUUAGAAAGCAUCUAGAAUCAAAAGAAAAAUUAUAAUUAAAACCUAGAUUUAAAUCAUAAGAUUCAUUAUUAAAAAACUUAAGAAUGAAUGAUAAUAUUGAAGAAAAGAAAGAAAAAAUAGAUUAUCUUAACUUUGUUCAUCCAAAAUAAUUAUUUUGA